ACGAUCAUGUGACAAAGACCCGGAAGUGCAAAUAAUUCAAGAUGUCGCAACUAGGAAUUACGUACGCAUGAUUUUCUUUCUUUCUUUCCCUCUCUCUUGUCAGUGAAUAAAAAAACAAAAUGCAAAAUUACGAAAAGACGCCAGUGGGCCCCGUGGACGGAACCGCGCCGGAUUUCAGGGGGAAUGAUGGCUCUCUUGUAUCUGUUCUGAGGACACUGCUGUUUUUCACUAUUUUGAUGAUAACUCUACCCAUCGGACUGUAUUUUGCCUCAAAAUCUUUUCUGUUCGAAGCCUUUCUGGGUUACUCCAACAAUGACAGUUAUUUCUAUGCUGCCAUUGUUGCCGUGCUAGCAGUACAUGUGGUUCUGGCACUCUUCGUUUACGUAGCAUGGAAUGAAGGAUCCCGCCAACAAAGAGAAGGAAAACAGGAUUAAAAUGGAGAGACAGAAAGAGGAAAACGCUCACAUAAACACACCAGUAACAGCAUAUUUGUCUAUGUGUGUGUUUCCUUUUCAACUGAUUGUCUUAGACUUUCAGAGAGGAGAUGAUUGAUUGCGAUUAAACGGUUGAGGUCAUUUUAGGCCUUGCUGGAAGUGUUGCUCUGUGUUUUUCUGCAGAGCUAAGACAAGUUUGUGUUCGUAUAGUUGUUCAUUGCUAGCAGUGUCAUUAGCUUCCCCAGUUCAGAUUAUCUGAUAAAUCCAACUCUACAAUUAAAAUAGGUUACACGGAGACAGUGACACUUUCAAGCUGUAAGAACAGAACAGCUCCAAAUAUUUGAGCCUAAAAGCACUGAAUUUAAAAAGAUCUAUGUCCCUCUAGGAUUUCAUGUCUUCCCUUUAACAUCACAAGGUGAUAUUGUGUAGAAAGUUGGUUAAACCUGUAUGUGUGUAGUUCAUACCCAAAGUUUGAUCAUUUCACGUUUUAUGUGUCGUUUUCUGCUUUAUAAAUUUUGCUUUAUAAAUGUUAAAAUGACACUGUCGAGUGAGGGUGGGAAUAUUGUUUUGUGUUCUUUUGACUGACUUUGAUCAAUGUAGCUAUUAAAUCAAUGCUCCCCUACCUUCCAAAAAUAA